UCGCACUCGGGAGGCAGCAGCGACUUUGGGGAAAGUUGAUCGGAGAGGGGAGGACGCCCCAAGACGCGGAGCAGCGGCAGGAAGGAGCCCCCGGCAGCCCCGAGGAGCAUGGGCACCCUGCGGGAUUUACAGUACGCGCUCCAGGAGAAGAUCGAGGAGCUGAGGCAGCGGGAUGCUCUCAUCGACGAGCUGGAGCUGGAGUUGGAUCAGAAGGACGAACUGAUCCAGAAGCUGCAGAACGAGCUGGACAAGUACCGCUCGGUGAUCCGGCCGGCUACCCAGCAGGCGCAGAAGCAGAGCGCGAGCACCUUGCAAGGCGAGCCGCGCACCAAACGGCAGGCGAUCUCCGCUGAGCCCACCGCUUUCGACAUCCAGGAUCUCAGCCUUGUGACUCUGCCCUUCUACCCCAAGAGUCCACAGUCCAAGGAUCUUAUAAAGGAAGCCAUCCUUGACAACGACUUUAUGAAGAACUUGGAGCUGUCACAGAUCCAAGAGAUUGUGGACUGUAUGUACCCAGUGGAGUACGGCAAAGACAGCUGCAUCAUCAAAGAAGGAGAUGUGGGGUCGCUGGUGUAUGUCAUGGAAGAUGGUAAGGUUGAAGUUACAAAAGAAGGUGUGAAGCUGUGCACCAUGGGUCCAGGAAAAGUAUUCGGGGAGUUGGCUAUUCUUUACAACUGUACCCGGACGGCGACCGUCAAGACUCUUGUAAAUGUGAAACUCUGGGCCAUUGAUCGACAAUGUUUUCAAACAAUAAUGAUGAGGACAGGACUCAUCAAGCAUACCGAGUAUAUGGAAUUUUUAAGAAGUGUGCCAACAUUCCAGAGCCUUCCUGAAGAGAUACUCAGUAAGCUUGCUGACGUCCUUGAAGAGACCCACUAUGAAAACGGGGAAUAUAUCAUCAGGCAAGGUGCAAGAGGGGACACCUUCUUUAUCAUCAGCAAAGGAAAGGUAAAUGUCACUCGUGAAGACUCUCCAAGUGAAGACCCAGUCUUUCUUAGAACCUUAGGAAAAGGAGAUUGGUUUGGAGAGAAAGCCUUGCAGGGGGAAGAUGUCAGAACAGCAAACGUAAUUGCUGCAGAAGCUGUAACCUGCCUUGUGAUCGACAGAGACUCUUUCAAGCAUUUGAUUGGAGGACUGGAUGAUGUUUCUAAUAAAGCAUAUGAAGAUGCAGAAGCUAAAGCAAAAUAUGAAGCUGAAGCUGCUUUCUUCGCCAACCUGAAGCUGUCUGAUUUCAACAUCAUUGACACCCUUGGAGUUGGAGGUUUCGGACGAGUAGAACUGGUCCAAUUGAAAAGUGAAGAAUCCAAAACCUUUGCAAUGAAAAUUCUCAAGAAACGCCACAUCGUGGAUACGAGACAGCAGGAGCACAUCCGCUCGGAGAAGCAGAUCAUGCAGGGGGCUCAUUCCGAUUUCAUAGUGAGAUUAUACAGAACAUUUAAGGACAGCAAAUAUUUGUAUAUGUUGAUGGAAGCUUGCCUAGGCGGAGAGCUCUGGACCAUUCUCAGGGAUCGAGGUUCAUUUGAAGAUUCUACAACCAGAUUUUACACAGCAUGUGUGGUAGAAGCUUUUGCCUAUCUGCAUUCCAAAGGAAUCAUUUACAGGGACCUCAAGCCAGAAAAUCUCAUCCUAGACCACCGAGGUUACGCCAAAUUGGUUGAUUUUGGCUUCGCAAAGAAAAUAGGAUUUGGAAAGAAAACAUGGACUUUUUGUGGGACUCCAGAGUAUGUAGCCCCAGAGAUCAUCCUGAACAAAGGCCAUGACAUUUCAGCCGACUAUUGGUCACUGGGAAUCCUAAUGUAUGAACUUCUGACUGGCAGCCCACCUUUCUCAGGCCCAGAUCCUAUGAAAACCUAUAACAUCAUAUUGAGGGGGAUUGACAUGAUAGAAUUUCCAAAGAAGAUUGCCAAAAAUGCUGCUAAUUUAAUUAAAAAACUAUGCAGGGAUAAUCCAUCAGAAAGAUUAGGGAAUUUGAAAAAUGGAGUGAAAGACAUUCAAAAGCACAAAUGGUUUGAGGGCUUUAAUUGGGAAGGCUUAAGAAAAGGCACCUUGACACCUCCUAUAAUACCAAGUGUCGCAUCACCCACAGACACAAGCAAUUUUGACAGUUUCCCUGAGGACAAUGACGAACCACCACCUGACGACAACUCAGGAUGGGACGUAGACUUCUAAUGUAUUUCUCUUACCUGCUUCUGCCUUGCUGAAGACAGCUUUUUCUGAGACACAGCUGCCAGCAAACCUGAAAGAAAGAGAGAAGAUUAGUGCUCGGGGUCACCAUGAUGCCUUUGAUCGAUGCUGCUCCAGUAACUACAGUGGCAUUAGGACUUAUUGCUUAGAUGACAAUAGUGCUCUUUACAUGUUUUCUGUUUGAACCUAAAAAUAGCAGUUGACAUGGUGGUCCUGAAGCAAAGCCUUUCACCAGUAAAGAAAUGUUUUCUGUUGUUGCAAUGACCUUGCUUUGCUCUGAUUAUAAUUUGAAAGACUGUAAGAAACACUUCAAAGAGAGUCAGUACCUUGCUAGAAUUAUCAAGAAGAUCAAAAAAUAAUAUAUUGGGUACGAUAGAUUAGAUUACUGUGGUACAAAAACUGGACUCUUCCCUUUCUUCAAGUGAGGGUUGUAGACUCUGUUACUGCAAGCUGGUGUAAAUACCGUAUACAAGAGGACCACACAUCUGCUGGUCACAGAGUUCAUGUCAAACCAGUGCUAGAAGUUUCAUGAUUUUCUUUCCCAGCAGUGCUGAUGACGAGACUGAAUGUUACCUUUCCUUUCUGACAGAUUUUAAAAACUGAUAUGAUCAAAGCACAACUGCUAUGGAGUCUGCAGAGAAGUCUCAUAGCAGGUACAUAUGUGUUUUCACAGAGGACUGAAGAACACAACAUGCAUGAUAUUUGUUUCUUUUUGAUAAAUUGGCAUGACAGAGUGGGACAAAAGCAAUUCACAAACCAUUUCAUAUUUUUUUAAAUAGCGUGCUUAAAGAUGGUCCUGGAAAUAAAUGACUAGCAGCCAACUGGUUUUUAUUUAUCUCACACACCCUCAAACUGAGGCUUAAAA